AUGUCGUCUCCUGCUCGUCAGCUGUUACAACUUAUUUCAACGUCUCUCUCGACGCUCGAGACAACAUGUGCGGAGAAAGGCUUCAACAUCCCUGACUUGCAUACCACCUUCGACCCCGCGAGUGAGGCGUUUCGCAAUGACCCCGUGGCUGGCGAGGCUGCGAGCGUCCUCGGUGCUGCAGCUCUCCAGCUCGCGGCCAUCUUCAUCCCGCCCCAGGUUUCGUUGUACCACACCGUCGCGGGAUUCAUGAGAUCUGCCGCUGCCCGGGUCUGCAUCGAGUCAAACGUAACGGAAAUCCUACGUGAAGGAAGCCCGAACGGCGUUCAUGUCAAUGAGAUCGCAGCAAAGAACGGCCGGGACCCGCAGAAAAUUGGCCGCUUCCUCCGUAUUCUCGCAAACCACCACAUCUAUCGAGAGGUCAGACCAAACGUAUUCACCAACACCCGAAUUUCCAGUCUGCUCGACACUCUCAAGCCCAGUGCAGAACUAUUCGCUCACCCAGCCCAGAAGCACGAAAACACACCUGGCCUAGCUGCCAUAGCCUGCCAUCAUCUCGACGAAGCCUUCAAAGCAGCCGCAUACGCAUGGGAGACUGUCUCCGACCCAAACAUGACCGACGCGACGACUGACUCGCCGCUUUCACGUGCGACUGGUCGCAAAGAAACUUUGUGGGAGUUCUACCAACGUCCAGAGAACUUCCACAAGUACGAACGGUUCAACAUCGGCAUGCGCGGUAUGAGGGCUUUGCAGCCUGGUGAUGUGGGAUUGCACGCGUUCGAUUGGAAGAGCCUCGCGAAGGGCUCCGUCGUGGUUGACGUUGGCGGAGGGCUUGGAAGUGUGUCCUUACCUGUUGCACGAGAAUAUCCCGACCUGCAGAUCGUCGUGCAGGACCUUCCACCUGUGAUCGAGAGUGCCACAAAGCUCUGGAAAAAGGAGAACCCUGAUGCGCUCGAGUCCGGCCGCGUCAAGCUAGAAGCCCACGACUUUUUCAAGACCCAACCGCACAAAGGUGCCGAUGUCUUCCUCCUGAAGCAGAUCCUGCAUGAUUGGCCCGACGCGUCCUGCAUCCCCAUCCUUCGCCAUCUGCGUGAAGCAGCCUCACCCACAACCAAGCUCGUCAUCAUGGACACCCUGAUCCCAUUUGCAUGCCACGACCCCGCUGUCGGCAUCGGACGCGAGAUCCCCGGUGCUGUCCCGAAGGAGGCAUCGUCGCCCCUGCUUGCCAAUUAUGGUGCGGUAGGCGAGAUGGCGUACAUUGCAGAUAUGACGAUGUUCUUCAUUGCGAACGCCCAAGAGCGUACGGUUGUCGAGAUGGACAAUCUUCUCCGUCGUACGGGUUGGGAGCUGACCCUUGUGCGUCGUCCAGAAACUGGGAACAACCACUUCGUCCUGUCCAUGGAGGCGAUCCCGAUGGAGAAAUCGUAG